AUGACCAAGUACAAGUUAAACAACAACGUACGUUCCUCUUCCGAAGUGACGCUCACAUCCUAUCUCUCAGGAAGCAUGGAACGGAAGGACAAUGUUUUCUUACAACUAAGUCCUAACGAAUCUAAAUGCAAUGUUUGCCCUAACUCUUGUUAUACAGACCAUUCUCUCAGUUUGGACAAGAGUACGAAAUUUGGCUUGAAUGAGUUAAAAGUUGAGAAUUUGGAGCGGGAUGUGUGUUUGUGCGAGAAAUUCAAUGGUGGAUGCAAAGUGUGUCCUAGCCCGAGCCCAGCGCCAACACUAACCAUUAAUUUGGAAGGUGCCCAGAAGGAGUGCUUAUCAUGUCAUGGCACCUCAUUAUAUCCUAAUUCGAAUAAUUCUUACCCUGGCCCUGGCUACUCAGAGAAGAAUAACUGGAGAAGAGGACUCUCAAAACAAGCAAAGUCCUGUUGCUCCAAGAAGACUCUUUUACGAAGGCUUCCCAUCCUAUCCUGGCUUCCCAGCUACAGUUUAAGGAAUGGUAUAGCUGAUGCCAUAGCAGGACUCACAGUAGGCCUAACAGUUAUACCACAAGCCAUAGCCUACGCGGGCGUAGCAGGCCUACCCCCGCAGUAUGGGCUAUAUUCUUCAUUCAUGGCCUGCUUCGUGUACACAGUCUUUGGAUCUGUGAAGGACUCAGCCAUAGGCCCUACGGCCAUCGCGGCCAUUCUAACGAGAGAAAACUUGCAUGGCCUAGGCCCUGAGUUUGCUGUCCUACUGGCCUUUCUCUCUGGGUGCGUCGAACUUGUUAUGGGCAUUCUUCAACUAGGUUUUCUAAUUGACUUUAUAAGUGGACCAGUCUCCGUGGGCUUCACAUCUGCCGCGGCUAUUAUCAUUGCGACAACUCAAGUCAAGGAUAUCCUGGGACUCAGUUUUCCUGGAGGAAAGUUUCUUCAGGUGUGGUCUGGAAUUUACGAGCACAUAGGAGAGACAAGAUUAUGGGACACAGUAUUAGGAUUUUCGUGUAUCGUAGUGCUGCUUUUACUAAGGAAAGUAAAAGAUAUAAAAAUAAGCGAUUCGUCGGACAACACGAGUGAGGUGGCUGGUAUUGAGGAGACUGUUGGUAGCAGUAGUAAGGUCCGCGCUGGAGCCUCGCAAGCUCUAUGGUUCCUCUCCACUACAAGAAACAUUCUAGUCGUUCUACUCUGUUCCGCGUUAGCGUACUACUUUGAUACAAAAAACCAGGUGCCGUUCGUGUUGACUGGAACAGUGAAGCCGGGAUUGCCAGAAUUUUCCCUUCCGCCAUUUUCAGCGACUGUCGGCAACCACACAUACACAUUCAUGGAGAUGACGUCGACCCUCGGAUCAGCGAUAUUCGUGGUUCCUCUCCUCUCUAUAUUGGAGAAUAUAGCACUGGCUAAGGUUUUCUCGGAAGGUAAACGCGUAGACGCCACUCAGGAGAUGAUAGCCCUGGGCGUGUGCAACAUUGUGUCAUCGGUUGUGGAUUCGAUGCCUGUGUCGGGUGCUUUGUCUCGUGGGGCUGUGAACCACGCGUCUGGGGUCGCCACCCCAGCUGGUGGGGUUUACACUGGGGUACUGGUUUUGCUGGCUUUGCAGUACUUCACGCCAUACUUCUAUUACAUUCCGAAAGCUUCUCUUGCGGCGGUGAUCAUCGCGGCUGUCGUCUUUAUGAUGGAGCUGCACGUGUUUAAGCCUAUUUGGAGGACUAAGAAAAUGGAUAUAAUCCCAGCAGUGGUGACGUUUGCCACAUGCCUUCUAGCGAGGCUGGAGCUGGGCAUAGUCGCAGGGAUUGCUGUCAAUCUUCUCUUCCUUCUUUACGCUUCUGCCCGACCGUCUGUCAGGGUGUGUAGGGCUGUGUCAAGUGACGGAGUGCCAUACAUUCUGGCGACGGUGGACCGAGCGCUAUCGUUCCCUUCGGCGGAGUUUGUUCGACGCGCCUUACGCAAGGCUCCUUCGGAUGCCCCUCUGGUGCUGGACGCACAUCACGUUCAAGCCGCUGACUUCACUGCUGCUAAGGGCAUAAAAUCCCUGAUAGACGACUUCCACGCUCGAGGGCAAACAAUAAUCUUCUACAACGUUAAGCCGUCCAUUGCCCACGUGUUUCGUGGAGUUCGUCCGCGGGAGUUCCUCAUUUGCUCACAUCGGGCCGAGUUGGAUAGGCUUCUGCUGAACAUCACCAGGGGAACGAAGCAGUCUUGGUGA